AUGAGCACCCCGCUGUUCGUGGCCGAGGAAGUGCUGUGCACCUACCCAAUCAGCACGGUGUACGACUCGUGCCCACGCUACCUGUUCUAUGCUCUCCUGCUAGCCACCUGCGUGACCCGAUGGACGGGAUGGCUCUCCGACGUCUUCCUUGGAGCCGCGGCGACCUACGCGGGGACCGCGGCUCUGGAGGCCUUCAUCCUGGUCUCAAGCCCAGCGCAAGAUGCUCCAGCGAACCCAGUAACCCUCCCCUACAUCUCACCCAACGACACAGCCCUCCUAGCCAGCCUGACCCCUUCCUUCCCCACCCUGAUCACCAACACCACCACCCUCCCCAUCACCCCAGCCACCAUCGACCUGGACGCCGACGCCGUCCUUGCGAUUGUAGUAACCGCCUACCUGAUCUUCCUGCCCCUGCAAACCUGGUCCCGGGCGUUCACGCACUCCCGCGCGCGCUUUAUCCUCUUCUCCCUCUGGCACGCCCUCAUGCUGGCGGGCACGAUCAGCGCGCUGAUCUACUGGCCGCGCGUGCGCAACACGCCCACGCAGUACGCUUUCUGCGCGCCGGACUACUUCCCGCCGGAGGACACGGUGUCCAGCGACGGGUGGCAGGCGUGGCAGCGGCGGACACCCUCGUGGAACAGCAGCGUGUGGGCGAUCUUCAGCAACACCACGCUCUUCAACUCGCUGCCGACGGUGUGCUACUACCCGUGCUUCAACACCACCCAACCGCUGCGCCAGCAGUCCGCGCUCGAGGCCUCCGUCGCCGACAGUGCGGCCGCCCACACCGCGCGCUCCGCCUUCUGGUCGCGCAUCCUCUACUCCGAGCGCUACAUCUACAGCCUCAUCGGGCUGACCCUGGUCGUCAACGUCGUCCUCCUCCUGUUCCGGUGUCUGCCGUACCGCUCGCGCAUCCCCUCGUCGCGGGUGCGCACCAUCUGGCGCGAGCGUACAGCCAUCGCGCAGGGGUUCCGCGCGGACUGGUUCGCGGUGGUGCAUCCGGCUUCGUUCACAGACCCCAAACACAUGACCACGCCCACUUCGGCGGAUCACGCCUCGACUGGGAAAGCCGAGGCACGCGAGAAGCGAGGAAGCGACAGCAUCCUCGAGAAAACGCGCGCCACCCUCGCGACCGCCACCGCGACCCCGCACACCAUCACCUGCCUCCUGCACCUGCACACGCUCGGCUCCCUGGUGCGGCUGCUGCUGGACCUGUGCAUCCUCUUCGCCGUCGGGUUCAGCAUCGUCAUCAGCCCGCUGACCGUGCUGGCCUUCGUCGCCUGGAUCGAGUACUACAUCCACGAGGACGGGCCGGCCCAAGAGACGCCCAAGCAGGUCGGCCAGUGGGCGCCCCUGGCGUCCAUCGGGUUUCUGGUGGUGUCGGCGGGGAUCCUCAAAUUGAAGGUGUGGGUCGCGCCGCGGCGGGAGAUCGAGUGGGAGAUCGAGCAGGUCCGGGGACGGCUGAAGCGGUUGGAGGGGAUGAUUGUUUAG